AAUAGAAAUUCCGUUCUCCAAAAACUAACAUUUUCUUCUCCUCCUGAAAGAUUUCGUUCGCCAGUUUUCUUUCCAGCCAAACAGCCUCGUUUCUCAUUUCUCUCACCAAGCUUAACCAGAUGGCAGAGCCACAGAAGGAAACUUCUUCAGCCGUUGGUUCAAAAUCAAAGGAGAAAGGAUCCUUGCUAGAUAAGGAAAUUGGAAAGGAUUUCCUUAGCUCCUGGAAAUCUAUGUCGGUGACACAAGAUGAUGCUAUGGAUUUUAGUUUUGAGACAAUCUCAAAGGGAAAGAAAAAGGCAUUCAACUUUGACAAGCUGGACAUGGAUUUUAAUCUGGAUGGUGAUUUUGACAAGUUAUCAUCAUUCAAAAUGGACAUGCCCGAUCUUGACUUCUCAUCACCCUCAAAAGAAAAUGCAAACGCUAAGGAAAAAUCUAAAGAGGAAACUACAAGUGAAAAGCAACAAGAGAAAAAAAAUCACUUUACCUUCUCUUUUGAUUUUAAUGAGUUGGAUGGUUUUGAUUUUGAUUCAAGCCUAACAAAAGGAGAGAAGACUCGUAAGAAAAGCCAGGACAGCAAAGCAGUUGCUUUGGAGAGUAGUGAAGUUUCUAAUAUUGACCAGGCACUUGAGGAUGAUUGUAUUACUGCAAAACUUCCAGUAUCAAAGGAUGCGCCCAAUUUAAAGGCUGAGACACCCAAAGGUGGGGCAGAGGCUUGCAAUUCCAUAGAUGACCCUUGUCCUUCAAAAGCAGUUUCUAUAGAGGGGCUUGCACCUGGAAAUAUGGUUGCAGCAGAAGGAACAAGAAUUUCUCCAGAGAAAACAGUGGAUACGAAUGCCAAAGAAACAUAUAAAUCAAGUACCUUGUCAGACAGUGCAGUUUCCUUGGAACUCUACGAUCAGCAAUCCUUACAGAGUUCACCCAUGGAUUCCCUCAGUGGGAACAAUUCAAACCAAGAACCUGUUUCCAACAUGCAUGCAGAAGUUUGUUCUCAGGGAAGAAUAAUAAAUGCCAGUUCGGCUGCAGAUCAAAAUGCUAAUGACACAGUGAUAACCAAUGAGGGGUCUAAACACCAAAAAUUGCACCAGAAGAACACAUUUCCGCUAUCAGAGAGUGAUAGAGAUGACAAAAAAGGGGCAAGUGGCAAUAUCCCAGCAGAAAUAGUUGACAGCCAAUCAAUGCAGGGUGAUAUACUUCUGAAAGAUAUUUCCACUGCAAGCUUAUCAACAGAAAUAUUAGACAACACUGGAGGCAUGAAGGAUACCCAGAAUCCCACUCCCGAACUUCCUUUAGUUUCAUCGGGCAGAUGCAGUGAACCAACAGCCAGUGAAGCGACAGCAAGAAAAGACAAAGAAGGUGGGGCUAUUCGCUCUAGAUUUUUCAGAAGAUCAGAGGAAACCAAAUUUCAAUUGCAUCAGCCAUCACCAACAGGAAAAGAGGUUUCCUCAUUUAGCAGCAAAAAGAUUGGUGACAUGUACUCAUUUCCCGCGAAAGAGAAAAGGGAAGAUUUUAACGGUAGCGAAGAACAAAAUGGAAGAAAACUGGUUGGUUAUUCAGAAUUAAGUUCCCAAGAAUUGACCGAAGGGAGGCCUGUUUUGCUGCAAACUGAAAACAAUGUUGGAAGUUCUAGUGACAUCGGGGAUGGUGUCAAUGCUGACGUUGUACAAAAUGGUGGGAGCAAAUUAGUCUGUAAAUCAAGUGUGCAAGAUAAAGCUGCAACAAAAGGAGUGACUGUCCUUUUAAGAAGUGAAAAGAAUGCUAGUUUGCAAGCUAAUUCUUUUAACUACGCUGAGAAGACGACUGAAUCUGGUCUCCAGAAAUCUGUGAAUCUCAAACCUCAGGUUGCAAAAAUAGAAUCCAUUCAGAGCCCGAAACUUCUUUCUGAAGCACCUAAAAUAGCCAAGAAAGUACCUGCUCUCUCAAGCUUCAAAAGUACAAGGACUCUAGAAACAAAGAAAGAUCAACUAAAUUGUCAGAGACAAACAAAUUCAUUGAGAAACUUGGAGAAAAACGUGGAUACACCAAGAAAUAAAUCUAAGGUUGUCCUUCCUGCUGGAAAUGCUGAGAAAGAAACACCAAAGCUCCCAUCCUUGAAGCGGAAAACAUAUCAGGAAUCACAUGGAGACUUAACGUCGAUGAAACGCCUCAAAAGGCUUUUGCCAUCUCCGAGUGAAAGCAGAAAUAUCAAAGAAACUUCUGAAAGAGUUGCUGAUGUGGAGGUUCAAAAUCAUAAAAAUCACAUGGAGGUUUCGACCAAGGAUAUUCCCUGUGACCAUCUGACCUCUGGAUUCGAAGUUCCUCAGGGGGUAAAUAUGACAGAACUGGAAAAUGAUGGGAAUGUGGAAAAGGCUGAAGCUUAUGGAAAGGCGCUUGAAGAUAUAUGCAACAUGCUGAAAAAGAAACAUGAGGAAGCCAAAGAACUAUUUGUUAGAGCUAUUGUGAACAACAACAGUUUACUGAUGCUUAACCAUCCCAUCUUUGAAGAGAAGAUUAAUAUGGUUCAGAAAUUUGCUGAGCUGUUGAUAUGCAAGGACAUGCCAACAUGAUCAAAAGGCAAGAACGGCGGUUACAUGUAAUAUAAGGUCUUUUCACUAUCUUUGAUUGGUACAAUGGAAAGCAACGUUUCCGUGGCCUACAAAUACUGCAAAUUCAAGCUUGAACCCCGUAAAAUAAGACUGCAUUUCAGAAACCCCUACAAAGAAAAUGGGUAGUUGGCGAUUUCUUGCAUUGCUGCUACUGAUAUUGUACUUAGUUUCAAGGUUUGAGUGUCGCCUUCUUAAUCCAAACAUUGAGGGAAGAAGUCCUACCAGGUCUUUUCGAAUGUUGUCCCUCGCUACUAGUUCAGGGACGGUGUAUCAGGUUAAGCUAGAGGUCAGAGAUGAGGACAACAACGAAAACCCCGACGAGUCAAAACGUACAAGUCCAGGAGGUCCUGAUCCGAAACAUAACUGAAUUUUCGUCAGAGCUAGAUCUAGUUAUCGGCAUCAUGGCACAAAGCAGCCAUAGUAUCUUCUGAUGGAUGAAAUAAAAUUGUCAUCAGAAAUGGUUGUCCUCACAAAGUAUGUUGGAUGCAAUAACAAAAUUUUCAACUGUCAAAUAAUGCAAUGCAUCUGAUCCAUGUUAUUUGAAUACAUUUUGUGUAUUAUCUUUAGUUUGCAUUUUGUGUAUUAUCUUCUGAAGAAUACUCUUGGCCGAUCUCUUCUGUUUAGUGGACUUUUCACUCUCUAGAGAGAAUACUUGACUUGGACGGUGAACUUCCUCUGCCCCUCUCAUUAGAUUUCCUGGAGAGUCAGAAUGCUUACAUUAUAUUUUUGGUCUGGAAAAUAUA